AUGCAGGAGAGUGCACCAUCCACCCCAGACAACCGGUACAACUCCUCGUCGACUCCAGAAAGCAGCCGGCACGGAGGACGAUUCGAUCCGAAUCAGUAUCACGCAUAUAAAACCAGCGUUGAUACAAGCUAUACUGGAUCUAGGAACCUUACAGCGGUUCAUAGUGAUACGGCUUCGUAUUCCGGACCACUACCUCCGCCAGCUAUGUCUAGCUGGGUAUCAAUGGCCCAGUCGAAUCCACAAUCGUACAGUGGCCAAGGCAAUCUAUCCGGAUUCAGUCAAGUGCAUGUUGGACCAACGAACCCCCUUCCCACCGGCACGUCCGUUCCCGGAAAUGGACACAAUGCCUAUCAGCCUCGGGCCUCAGGUUCCACCGCGAACGUCCAGACAUCAUUUCAAUCGCAGCCAGGAAUGUAUCGAACCCCAGCUGGAUAUAACUCAGACUCUCCUUUCGAGAGCGCAAGCCAAUUCUAUAGCCAGCCACCAGGCCAUAGUAUGAGUUAUUUCCCAACUCAACAGUACGAGAGCCCGUCGUCGUGGGGCCAGGGUAAUAACAUGGUGGGUAUCAACGAGGCCCUAUUGCCCGGCCAAUUUCAAGUCGGGCCCGCGAAUGGCUCAGGAAGUCUGUUGAACAAAUCAAGCGCUGUCUCUGAGAAAUACUCCAAAAUCCUCUUCAGCCUGCGCAACCGAUUUCGCGCCAAGAAGCCCAACGCCUUCCAGUUGCCAGGCUAUGAAUACAACACUACGCUAAAAUUCCGCCAUCGUGAUGCAGCAGGCCGUGUCAGUAAUAAGCCCUUGCAAGAUCGCUACCUCCACCCCCUGGACGGUCGGCUUCGCAAGCUGAUCGUGGCCUCUACUGACGACAUAUACGAAGCCCCGGGCACGUCGACUUGGCGCAGGACAUAUAUCCGCAACGUAUAUCCUUGGAACGUUCGAAUUUCCACAUGGGUUAUCGACUUCCACCAUGAUCCCGAUAGCUGGAAAGCGUGGUUUUUUAUACUAGGGAGAGCCUUCGUCGCGAACAUAGCUCUGCAGAUCGCUUUUUACAUCAAGUCAUACCAGUUCUUCACCGAAGAAACUGCCAGAUGGGUGUUCGAAGGCAAGUACGCACCGGUACCAAUUGAGUUCAACGGCAACGCCAAAAUCUGGAGCAAUCACCUAGAGAACCGAGACGAGUCUACACUGGCAUCGCGCGAAACUGAAGCCUACCAAGUUCUGAAACCCCGUGACCUCUGUUUUCUGAGAAUGCCCGAGGAACGUGAUCUCCACGGAGUUGAAAUUCGCUCCGUCAGGGAGUGGGAAGAGACUGACGGCCGAGAGGUCAACCUCAGCUACGUCUUCGUUGCCUACUUCACUGAGCAUUUCCACUCUAAUAAUGUGGAUGACAUGGUGGCACUGUCUACUAUUGCCGAAAGAGCUGCCAGAAAUGCCGGUGUUGUCGCUUACUGGGUUGCCGCAAGCAACAUGCGCGAUGAUAACCAACUCGAGUCAGACGUUUUUCGCAUAUCUGACGUCCUCAGGGGUGCUCAAAGCAUGGCCAUUGCCGUUGGUCGUCCCAGUACUGCCAUGCAUGAAAUGUCCACCGACGAACUGCUGCGUCAAUGGGGCACUCGGGUAUGGACUUUCCCAGAAGUUCUGCUGAGCCCGGGGCGUGAAAUCUCCGUGUACACUCGAGGAGACAACCUUUCCGCUCCUCUUAUUCUCAGCAAGAACCAGUUCGCCGGCAGGGUCUGGUCGGAUGCUCAACGGUCCAGACAGCUCGUAGACCACUACCUCGGCAACUUGACACUAAGCAAGCUCGAGCUGGCUGUUACUGCGCUCAGGUGCUUGUACGAUCGGAAAACCACGCAGUAUCUGCCUGGCGAUCAAGCGUACGCUCUGGUGGGUUUGCUGCGCAUGCGACCCAAGAUUGACCGAAAUGACACCUCAUUUCAGGCCUUUGCCAGACUUUCUCUUGCCAACGACUCUGACGAGGUCUUGGAGCGGUACCUCUGCACCCUGCCCGACCUCAAUAAAGAAUGGUACGAGAUGACCGACGUCUAUAAGUCAGCUCUUUGGGACAUAGUGCCCUACUGCCAGGUAGCCGGUGUCUGCGGCAUCUCCAAAACCCAGGGAACCGCCGACAGUGACACCAUCAUCCUCGACGGCGCCUUCGGUGCUAGCAUCCAGUGGAAGGCUUUCUAUCCUGUCAAGUAUCAGACAGGCUUCAGCUGGAAGCGUUGGGUAUCGCUGCAAAUUAUGGAGAACAACGGCAUGCUCCUAACGGCCGCCAUGUUCGCGUGGGCCAUUGCCAAAAACUGGCAAGAGUCCGGGCAGAUUCUGUUCGAUGAAAUAAUCAACCAGUUAGCUGCGGAUACAUUGCCCUGGUGGCUUACACAUAUCACAGCCCUGUGCCGUACUGUUGCCGGGAUUUUCUUCACACUCUAUAUCUGGAGUUGGUUGUACACACCCGCGCUGAUCAAAAUGGAAUACGCAGGUAAGUUCAGAGGUGUAGACGCUGCCUUGUUCGGAUUUGAGGGUUACUUGAAUAUUGCCACCAUCGAGCGUUGCAUCUUCGGCGGUAACUUCAAGAGGAUGAAGUGGUCCAUCAAUGGUAGUCCGCUGAGCCGCUCUUACACCGACGAGGACGGAGAUCGAUACGGCACGGAUCCAACAGAUGUGGAUCCUGUUGUGAGACAGACUGUCGAGAAGGCGAAGAAGGCUGGACCAGACGAGAUGCGCAUCUUCACCCUCGUCGAUACGUACAACAUGGAAGUGACGCUAUUCGAAUCUGUCCGUCCGCCCACAAAUCUCUUCCUGUGCGCAAGCGAAGGGGGCAUGCAGAGGGCUAUCGGGUGUUCGUAUGACUGGACAACCCAGACUAUGCAUAGGGAGACGGUGUUGAGGAUGCCCACCACGUCGCUGAACAAGAUGGAUCGCGUGCCGAGGUUUAAGAUUGGCGUACGGAGACCGCCGAUGUCGUUUGGCGUGAUUAAGAGUUCUACGGAGUCGGUAUAG